CCGUCGUGCGCUUCCAGCAGCAUGCGAAGCGUCAGUGACCAACUUUCGACCUCGAACGCAUGGCAAACGAAGCGACGUCGCUGCGCAUGCAUGGUGACGCGUCCGCUGCGGUCAUGGGGCGCCCGCUGCGGCCACCGCUGAUGCUCGACCCCAAUUUUGUUUUGCGGCCGCUCCGAACCAGCGACCGGGUGGAGAUGCCACCGUGGCGUCCGCGCGAGCAGCUCGCCGAGCCAUUGCCGCGUUUUCAAACAAUCUUGCCGUCCGAAAACGACCGACAACGCGCGAACCCGGCGCCUCCGUCCCUCGUCCAAGAAGCCCAAGCGCAGCAUCGGCUCUGGAAAGAGCGCGAGCACGAGCUCAUGCGGCGGCAGCGCCACGCGUUAGGCUUGAAAGAGAAGGAGCUCGGUCGAUCACGGCGGUGUGCGGCGCCUCACCGCCUCCAGGAGCUCUUCAUGCGACGGCAGCACGAGCUCAUGCAGCAACAGGAGCAACAGAAGCGGAUCGAGCGCAAUGUCUAUCAGCUCACGUACCAUCGCAUGCUGGCCGAGGAAGACUUGCAGCGCCUGCAACACCAAGAACGUCUGCAGCAACAAGCAAAGGCGCAGCAAUUGGAGUCGUCUAAGGUGCAGACGUUCGAGCGUGCGGUGCUCCAAGCCCCGUCUCUGGACGCGGUGUCCACGCGGCGCGUGUCGGCAUCCACAGUCAACGACGCCGACGGCGCGAGUUUGCUCUCGUUUUUGCUGCCACCCGCGCUGCCUCCACCGCAAAACGGCUGGAACGUCAAGGGCGUGACGCUCAACGAGCUUCGGCCGCACUUUAACAAGCCCAUGGCCGUGGUCGCCCAAGAGAUGGGCGUUUGCAUCACGCUCAUGAAGAAGAUUUGCCGCAAGAACGGUCUCUCGCGCUGGCCGCACCGGCGCAUCCGCAGCCUCGUGAACCGCAUCACGUCGCUCCAAGCCGUCGCCGACACGGUGGUCGAGAAGGUGGAGAAGGCGCGGUUCGUAGCGCACAUUGCAAGCCUCCGGCGCGAGCUCUCGGACGUGAUCCACAACCCGAACGGGAAGAGCCGCAAGGCGCAAGAGUACGAGCGGCGCAAAGACAUCAGCGCAGGCGACUCGAUGAGCGACGACACGACGCUCAGCGACGACGGCGGCAAGCCCUUGGACAUGGACUUGAGCUGCUUCGAAGUGCUCCGCGACGAAAAGGCGCGCGGGUCCAUCUCGUCGCUUUUGUGCGAUUAGCGACGCUUAUUGUCAUUCUUAUUGCCAGUGCACUCUCACAUAAAGUCUAUAGCGUCUUAUACAUAUCGACU